CACGGGCUUCUUCCGGUAGCGCGUAAGCCCCGAGCGGAGUCGAGGUCCAGCGGAGACUAUAUCCUGAUAAGACAAGAUGGCCGGGUUGCCCCGCAGGAUCAUUAAGGAAACCCAGCGCUUGCUGGCAGAACCUGUUCCUGGCAUAAAGGCAGAACCAGAUGAAAGCAAUGCACGUUAUUUUCAUGUGGUCAUUGCAGGGCCACAGGAUUCCCCCUUUGAGGGUGGGACAUUUAAACUUGAACUAUUCCUUCCAGAAGAAUAUCCAAUGGCAGCUCCGAAAGUACGUUUCAUGACCAAAAUUUAUCAUCCUAAUGUAGACAAAUUGGGAAGAAUAUGUUUAGAUAUUUUGAAAGAUAAAUGGUCUCCAGCUUUGCAGAUCCGUACAGUUCUGCUAUCAAUCCAGGCUUUGUUAAGCGCACCCAACCCAGAUGAUCCACUAGCAAAUGAUGUAGCUGAGCAGUGGAAGACCAAUGAAGUCCAAGCCAUAGAAACAGCCAGAGCAUGGACUAGGCUAUAUGCCAUGAAUAAUAUUUAAAAUGUGCUCUAAAUUAGUGUGCAUCACUUUUUCCUGUUCUGCCAAGACCUCUUCCUUUUUUGUUUUCACGUAAUGGACAGAGUCUUAGAAAACUUUACAGAAUAAAAACCCAGACAUCAGUUCUUUGGUGAUUUAAAUGCACAUUAGCAAAUCUGUGUCUUGUCCUAAUUCACUCCUGUUCUGCAUGAGCAGAGGCUAGAAGUAUCAUCAGGAUUGUUUGUGAAGUUGUUUAAAAGCAGUAGCACAUCUCUGCUUUUAAUGAUUUUUUCCCAUCAUGAAUUAAGUGUAAGCACUGUGAAUGAAAGUAGUCAGGGUUAGCUGCAGGGGUUUUUGUUCAAAUUGUGUGGGCUCUUCCUCCCUUUUUUAUGGUGAUGCUAAUUGCAUUGGUUAAAGCAGCUAACCAGUUAUAUUCUAGCCAAGUCUAACUUAGCUGUAGCUGGACAAGCUUGGUUGUUUGAAAAAAAUGGGAACAUUAAACAUCCAUUCACUAAUAUUGUGAUUCUGCUGUCAAGUGUAAAAAAUCUUCCUUUCAAGAAAAAGCUUGUGACCAUUUUGUAUGGCUUGUCUGGAAAAUCUUCUGUAAAUCUUAUGUUUUAGUAAAAUAUUUUGUUAUUCUACUUUGCCUUUGUACAGUUUGUUUUGAUGUGUUCUUUUUACCCAUUUCAAUUGUGACAAUCGCUUUUUUAAAAAAAACAAAGCUGGAUUGAAACUGUUUGAUUUCAUCAACUUAAAAGCUGUAGUAUAAUCUUGGAUUUUUUUUUCAACUUGUAUUAAUGCCUUACUAGUGUUCAUAAUAUUUUUUGUUUUAGUGUUUUUAAAAAGCCUUUGAUAAUGUAAUAGCUUAUCAGAGACUUAAAUAGGUUAGAUGCAUCAUUGAUGUUAUGUACAUGCAGUGUUAAGUACCACUAAAGCAGGAAGCUAGCAAAACAAACAGCAGUUUUGGGUGUGUAUGUAACUUGUUUUCUUGUGUUAAGUAUUACCAGGUAUCAGACUAUACAUUUAAAGAUAAUUUGCAUCUUUUAAAAAUGAUCCUGUGCAUAGAAUUAAACCCUACACUAUGGUAAAUUGGUUAAGAUCUUUACGGCUAGCUUUGUUAAAUCUGGUUUUAUCUGCAAUCCUUACACUACCAUGUUUUUGUUCCAUUUCUUAAUUUCGAAUAUAGAUU